GCUUCUUUUUUUCUUUCUUGUCAAGAUGAAGUCAACAACUCUUUCAUCACCUGAAGACAAAAACAUUGUACGAAAGGCAUUGCCAACUUCAAAAAUAUUUACUGCAGCUGUUGCCCGACUUUACGUUGCCAAUCCUGAUCCUUCCCAGUGGUCUUAUUCAAGAGUAUGGGGAGCUGCUGCAUUCUGUAUUGAUAAAGCAAAGAACAAUUCAUUUUUUAUUAGAAUAAUAGAUUUGGAGAGAGAAGCAGGUGUCAUUUGGGAACAAGAGUUGUAUGAAGGAUUCGAAUAUGUUCAAGAUGCGCCCUUCUUUCAUACAUUUGAAACAGACGACUGUCUAACAGGUUUAGAAUUCGUGAGUGAGGAAGAGGCUGAGACGUUUUAUAAAAAGGUUCAGAACCGUCAAUCGCUAUAUUCAAAAGUAAAUGAUCAAAAGGAGAGUGCAGAGGGUCUGUUUGGAUUAAAAAAGGAUAAACGCAAGAGCAAGAUUGAUAAAAACCAUAUCGGUAUGCCAGCUGACUUUAGACAUUUAAGCCAUAUUGGCUAUACUCCUGGAAAAGGAUUCAGUGUACAAAAUAAUGAUCCUGAACUCAACGGUAUUCUCAGUCAGCUACAGGCUCUUGGCAUUUCGGCUGAAGAAAUCAAUGAUAAUCAAGAAUUUAUUCAAGAGUUCUUACAGCAAAACAAUCAACAACAACAACAACAACAA